UGCGUAGGUUCACUGCGUUCGAACAACAGCUUCCAAGAUGCCACGGGAGCGCUCAGAAACCGUCCAUCUGUGGUAUACGGCAGUCUAUGAGGCUAUCCAAGAGAUACCGGAGGGUAGAGUGACAUCGUAUAGCCACAUAGCAAAGCUGUUGGGAAAGCCUGAGCGUAGAAGACAAGUCGGCAUUUGUCUAAAACAUCUGCCAUCGCAAGAAGGCAGCUCGGAGUACCACGAUGGCAAUGUGCCCUGGCAGCGGGUGAUUAACGCCAAGGGCGAGAUAAGCCCAAGAGGGCCUCACGGUGCUACCCGACAAGCUGCGGCGUUAAGACGGGAGCACGUGGAUGUGGAUCAAGACAGCAUGGGCGUGUUCUCUGUUGACUUUAGUAAAUACGGAUGGUUCCCAGACAUCUUGCCAAGCGAAGAAUUCGACGAUAGUGACGAUACUGAGAACGAGUUGGAAGAUGCUGGCGUAGCAGCGUGACAUGACCAUAGCAAGUUAAUGGCAAUGACGUCUAGAUAUGAUGGCUCCUCUUUGAUGGAUGUCCCUGUAAUCGUGUUAUCUUGUAACAAAGGGAUGGCGCAAGUGGCGUUUGAAGACCGUUUGCAUACGGAAGCAACACUUGUAUUAGCGCAGAGGACAAAGCUAGAGGUUGAAGGUAAUAAUGCUGCGGCCAAUAGCACAUGCAUCGAGGGAAACGCAUGUUGGCAG